CUCCUAAUUGGCUGCGUUGGCGUCUCCUCAGGGAAUUGGCGCCUGGGCGCUCUGCAAUUUGCGAAACAGGAGCCAGCCAAGAAUCAGGCCUAUCAAUCCGCCCCUUGCGUGGCGGGCUCUUUGAUGUAUGGCAGAGGGAGUUCGUGGUUUCCGAGAAGGUCGGCGCAAAACCUUGCUCCGUUGCCCGUGAAAGGGAUGAACGCAUGCUGGUGUUAAAGUAAAUGCGUGAUUUAUAAAAUGUUCUUUGGAUCAAAAAUUAUAGAAGAAUCCUUGCAGUGGAAUUCAGAGAAACACCAAUCUUAAUAUAAUGGAAUCUUGUUAAGAAAAGAAAAUGUUGAUGGAUCAGCAAGAAAAACUGUUGUCUUAUAAUGGGAUACUGCUUCUUUUCCAACUAUCAAGAGGGAACAAUUCACAGAGUGAUGAUAUCACAAUUACUACAUUGCAUGUGAAAAGAAUGACAUUUGACAAUGGCACUAAAUUGUUUAAUGAGGUGUCUACUGGAUCACUUUGCAUAUAUGGUGAAGAUAUUGAAAUUAUUCAUUGCAGUAAUGCAUCUGACUUCAGAACUGGAAUUCUUCACCCUUACAUUCUUUUGAAAAAGAAGAAAAAGAAAAAAAUUAAAUAUGUACUAUUGUUAUUUCAUACCCAUAAUAAAUUUGAACUGGUUCUGCAGUUUAAAUUAGACUAUGCAAUCAAAGAAUCUGUAAAAUUAUUGGCUGGUCCAACAAUAAUAUGGUAUUAUGAAGGACAUCUGUUACAUAUUUCUCCCCAAACUGGCACCGUUUUAUGUGCCCCUAUUCAGUUUUCUUCUGUCCAAUGGGCUGGUCAAGUUGAGGGUGAGGGUAUAGUUGUUUUAGGAACCAAAGCUGCUGGUUUUCCAGGAGACAAUAAACAAAAUAAUGCUAGGUCAGACUUGGCCAUCUGGGGAUAUGAGUGUUUUGCAUAUGGAGUUGACAAACAAAAAGUACUAUCGAAUGCUAGUUUCUUGCCUCACGCUUAUGGCAGUGUGGUGCGUUGUGUAUGUGUUUGCAAAAUUGAAGUAAAAAGCAAAUUUAAGACAUCACUGAUUGCAGUUACUUGCAAAGGCCAAUUGAUUUUCUUUCAAGAUGGUUGGCCUAAACACCUUUUGCAGCUUCCAUAUGAAAAUCCUUUUUCAGUACAAAUAGCUGCAGUGGGUGGAGAUCGCCAGUUGGUGAUCGUAACGUUUGCUUCCGGAGAUGUAUGUGCUAUAUGGAAACAUAACUUGCAGGUAGCUUCUUGCUGGAAGAAUGUGAACUCUGUUCUGGUAGAUGAUUUUGCUGGUAUUGGAACUGAACAAAUCUUAGUUUUUCUAAAGAGUGACUCUAUUUCAGAAACAUUAAAAGCAUUUCAAAUAACAGAUUUUGGAAAUAUUAAUUAUGAGAGUAACAUAAACCAUAAAAAUGACUUAUCUUCUGCUGAAGAGAUACAAGAGAAUCACCUUCUUACUAUCAAAGCACUUGAAGCACGAUUACAGGCUGGUUUUGCAUCUGUUCGAGCCAUUCAACAACAUUUAUGCCUCAAAGAAAAAGUUCUGAUGCAAAGCUGUCAUGCAUUAUUAAAUCUUGUACAAGGUUGUAAACAAAGAAUUCCUAGGAUCAAUAAGGAAAAUCUUGUUUCUCUUUGGGAUGAAACAGAGGAAGGAUUUCAUAAUGGUGUUUUGACUCCAACAGAGGAUGAAGAACAAAUUGUAAAGAAGGUUUGGUAUCGUGUGGUGGAUGACCAGUUAAUAGUUGGAGUAGAAGUCAUGGAAACAUUUGACUUCAGGCAACUCAGUGAUGCCAGUUUAUCUCUGAUAAUUGGCCAGAAGCACCAUUUACUUUCUCCAUCAAAAUGCCACUGUAGAGUAGUUACACUGACAAAAGCUUCAGAGGCUGAACCUCUGUCAUGUUGGCAUUUGGAACCAUUGCCUAAAAAAAUCAAGUUAAGUUGCCUUAAUGAAGAAAGCAAGUGUAAUAGAAAAGGCUCAGAAGUGAAGAGGAACAAGGCAAAAGCCAUUACAGCAGUCACUCACCUGUUUCCUUUCUUGGCAUGGCAUGAAAUAACUUGUGUGGUACUGCUUCAUGCGAAGAAGAGCAGUAACAGUGAAAACUGGCAGAAAAGCAAAAGAUUGACUUUGCUAUGUGGGAAUUUUUUACUAAGUCUGGUAGAGAUUUCUACUGGAAAGCUUUCAAUAAAUUUGAAAGAGUUUAAAUAUCCAGGUUCUACAGAAGAUCUUUUGGCAGUCUGUGCAAUAUCACACAAAGCCUCUUUUCAAAUAAUCUCUGACUGCACAUUGCUUCCAGUAAACAAGCGUCUAUUGGAACAAAUGGAGUGUGCACCAAUUGAGAAAUAUCCGGGUUAUAUGGUCUGCUGGAAAUCUGGAAAUCUGAAUGGCACUCUUUUCAAGUGGAAUCUAAAAACACCUUUUGAAGGAUUUUUAACAGUAUUCUGCAGACAUCAACUUGCCUUGUUCCAGUACCUUCAUGCCUUCAUUGGAUUGCUACCACCAACUUGCAAGAUAAAAUUACUGAAGUUAGGAAAUAAGAAUCUACUUGCUGAACAGCUUGCACUGAUUUUAAUAAAAGAAGCAGAGUUUUUCCAACAUGUUUUAUCAUCAGCUCUGAGACAAACUGAAAAUAAAUUUUCUCUGAAAAAUGAAGGAAACCAAGAAAAUAAUAAUAGUGCCUCUGCUGUUGAACAUUUCAAAGAAACAUUUAUAAAGGAACAAAAGCAAAGUAUGCUGAGUAUGAAUAGAACAGUGAGUGGUUCCUUAUUCAGAAAGCAUAUUGUGAAUGCGUUUGAUCUGCAGAUGAAUUCCGAUAUGAUUUCAUGGCUAUGCUCUUAAUUCUGACUUUAUUUUGCAGUAUUUUUAAUUAGAAUUAUAAUUAGUUUAUAAUAUAUUAU